AUGGCAGGUUUCUCCCCAAAGUCUAUUACUCACUACCAUGUCCGGUCUAUUAGCUUUCCGGCUAGAUCUCACCCUAGCACAAUAAAAGCAGAAGAAGAGCUAAACAAGCUUAAAACUUGGGAAGCGUUUUCUUCGCCAAAGGCAGACACAAUUUGCAAUGGCUUGUCUGGCCUAGAAGAAGUCUUCGAAUGCAUAGAAGAGCUUCUUAGUUUGCCAGUAGUCCAACAAGCUCUCGCGCAACAUCAACACGAAACAUUGGUCAAUGAGUUGCUUGAAGGGUCCAUCAGAUACAUAGAUAUAUGCAGCAACAUAAGGGAUACUGUUUUGCUAAUGAAGGAAGGUGUCCGAGAGCUUCAAUCUGCUCUCCGAAGAAGCAAGGCUGCCAAUAUGAGCAUUGAAAGCAAUGUCAAUGCUUAUGUAUGCUCUAGGAAGAGGAUGAGGAAGGAAUUUGAAAAGUCUCUCGUGACACUGAAAAAUAUUGAAAACAAACUUGCAGCCUCUUCUCUCUUGGACAUUGACAGCCACCUCUUGGCUGUGGUUAGAGUACUAAGAGAAGCAAGUUUGGUCACCAUUUCUAUCUUGCAGUCCCUUUUGUUAUUCCUCUCUGUGCUGGUAUUAAAGCCAAAGCCGAGUAGAUGGUCAUUGCUUUCAAAACUGGUGCAGAAAGGAGGAGCAGCAUCUGUUGGUGAACAGAACAAUAUGAAUGAGGUGGAGAGCGCGGACAUUGCUCUACGCGUCUUAUUGUUGCAGAGUUCAAGUGAAGAUGGUGAGGAAGAAAGGAUCCAAAGUGCACAUAGGAGGUUGGAGGAUUUGGAUGCUGUUGUUGGACAUUUUGAAAAUGGAUUGGAGGGCUUGUUUAGGUGCUUGAUCCACACAAGAGUGUCUCUGCUAAACAUACUCUCUUGUUAG